AUGGGAGCGCCGUUGAUUGGUGGACAUUUGGCAUUUUCCUUGUACGAGCUUCUUUAUGUCAAGACACCCUUUAUAGGUACUAAAAAUGAAGAGAUGUUAACCAAUGUUGUAUUUCAGAACCUCAAAUUUCCCGAUAGACCAAUUGUUAGUUUUCAGGCAAGGGAUCUCAUUAGAGGCAUGUUGAUGAAGGAACCUGAGAAUCGAUUAUGCAAGAAAAUAGGAGUUUUCAAGAUCAAAAGGCACCCGUUGAUACGCUGUGCCAUUCCACCUCAAAUUCCAGUGUUCUUUGAUGAUGGAAUUUCACAUAUAACAUCUUUAGAGAAAGGGAAAAAGAUUCUGGAAUUCAGUGAUGCGGGAAAACAUUUAGAAUUUCAGUUAUCCUAG